ACCAAACGAUACAUCCUGUAUCAGCACCGGUUCCAAGUCUUCAAAUAUGUUUGAACUCACCUGUAGUUUUUUGGUCUACCCCUACGGUACCUGUACACUCAGCCCGAGGACACUUCCCACUGCCACGAAACUUGAAGACAUUCAUACAGCCUACACUCACAAGCACCAGUCUAUGCAAGGGAGACCACUCUACCUAACAACUUGCACUAUUCGUGGAAGAGUUCGUGGUCCCCUUCAUCCCACCGUUGUAAGAGUGGAGUUGACGUCGCAUGUAGACAAGAGUGGUGUAUUCUCUCGACUCAGCGACUGGAUAUCGCUCGGUGACUUGGGCGAUACAACAACAGUCAAAUCAGGAGGGCCAGAUUCGUCAGUAAUAUUCCCAAUUGUCAAUUACACCGUAGUGAUCUUUUUCGUUGCCAUCGCCAUCGUCGCCAUCGUCACUACCAUUAUUGUUGUCAGGUGGAAGAGGAAACAGCGCAACCUUGACCGUGAGUCGCAAGAACAACAGUCCGUAGCUAUUGCUUUGUUGGAGUACCCAACUGUGAGGGAAUCAGGUUACCCAAGUAGAAAUGUGAGGGAAUCAGAAUACCCAAAUAGAACUGUGAGGGAAUCAGAAUACCCAAAUAGAACUGUGAGGGAAUCAGAAUACCCAAGUAGAAGUGUGAGGGAAUUAGAGUAUCCAAGUAGAAUUGUGAGGGAAUCAGAGUACCCACGUAGAAUUGUGAGGGAAUCAGAAUACCCAAGUAGAACUGUGAGGGAAUCAGAAUACCCAAGUAGAAUUGUGAGGGAAUCAGAUUACCCAAGUAGAAAUGUGAGGGAAUAUACCACACACCAAAACCAAGUAGAAUUAGCCAGAUCUGAUGACCCAAGUAGAAACCUGAGGGAAUGCACCAGAGGUCAAGAGGUCACCAACGGUGUUACCAACACACCCCAUCCGUCUUGGAAUGUUCCAGUAACCAGAGCACCGGCUGCUGACACGGGCAUCUCGGCAUUCCCGCCAUCUUACAGCUCAAUUGUAAACACUAGCACCAGCAAUGACGUCAUACGGCCAGCGGAUAUUCCCGCUGUUUCACCGCCCCCACCCUCUUACGACGCUGUAGUUCGGCAAGCAAAAUACCAACAAAAAAGGGAAGGAACUCGAUAUAAUUUAGAAUCCAAAGGAGAUAACAAAUUAGGUGACGAAAUCAAUGACCUACCGCCGCCAUAUUCAGGUUGAAGACUUGAUGAUGCAUAACUAUUUACUGCCCAAUGCCGUUUGGUCAAAUUUAUAAUCUGAACGGUUUUUAAAAAACAAAGUUAUAUCAAACAAUAUGGUUUAAAACAUCAAACGUUUGUGAGACAAACUUCUUUAAAAUAUCACAGUUUAGAAGUGUUUAGGAGCUAAUACAAUACUUACGACAGUUAUUUUUUGUCAAUAACGAAGAAAAAGCAUUGAGUCUGCUAUAGUUUUGUAAAAAUCAGCACACACAAAUGUAAGAGCUCACUUAGUCAAAGUCUUUCACUUUGUUGUAAAGUUUGCUGUGGACACAGAUUUACGUUUAUAACAAAAUCAAAUAUCUCAAGACAAAGAGUAAACAUUUUUAAAAAUUUGAUUUACCCAAGUAGUCCAAAGCAUUUUUAGUAAAAUAUUGACACUGUUACUAUUUAUCUGGUCUUUUAUUGUUUUUUUUUAUUUGUUUAACCUUCAAUGAAAUUCUAACUAUGCAACUAUACAAACAAAAUGCACUAUAAAAAAUUAUUCUUGUU